AAGGCAGCAAUAAUGUUACUCAAAACAUUAGCAAAAUUUUUUACAAACAAUGCUACUGGUUUACAUCAAACAAUUAAUUUUAAAAGGAUUCAUUUUGGUACACGAAAAUUAUCUACUAGUAAUAAUACAUUCGAGGAAAAGAAAAUAAAUGUAAAAGGUGUUGAUAUUAAUUAUGUUAAAACUGGUACUGGAAAACAUACUGUCUUUUUAUUCACAAGUACAUUAGGAAGUAUAUGGACAGACUUCAAACCACAAAUUGAAGGCUUGGAUAAAAUGAAAUUCACAGUUGUCGGGUGGGAUCCACCGGGUUAUGGAAAAUCUCGUCCGCCGGAGAGAGAUUUUUCAGCGGAUUGUUUUGCACGUGAUGCUGAAUAUGCUUAUGAAUUAAUGAAUACUUUGGGCAUCCAAAAAUUUUCUCUUGUAGGUUGGAGUGGCGGUGGCGUUACUGCGAUACAUUUUGCUGCUAAUUAUCCUCACUGUGUUGAUAAACUCGUUGUUAUAAGUUGUGGUACACAUUUAUCUUCUAAAGAAAUGGAUACUUACAAAAGUAUGAGAGAUAUAAGUAAAUGGUCUGACAAAAUGAAAGGACCUUUAGUUGCUAUUUAUGGUGAAGAGAAAUUGCAUAAAAUGUGGAACUCAUGGGCGGACUUAAUGAAUGAAAUUUUUGAACAUAAAAAAGGUGAUAUUGCUCGAGCGGAAGCCACCAAAGUUAAAUGUCCUACAUUAAUUGUACACGGUAAUAAAGAUAUUGUUGUCUUUCCAAAUCAAGCUGCCAUCCUAAACAGUAGUAUUCGUAAUUCAAGAGUAAAAAUAUUCGAAGAAGGAGGGCACAAUGUUCAUCUGAGAUUUCCUGACGAAUUCAAUAAUGCAGUGACAGAAUUUUUAUUAGAAGAAAACUGAAACAUUUUUAAAAAUAAUCUAUUACACGGAAAGAAAAUUAUGGAAACUGUUCCCAUAAUUUUGUGAAAUUUUUUCCUAUAUCAUCAUAGGAAUUACAACCAUAAAUUAUGGGAGCAGUUCCCAUAAUUAUAGGAAUAGUUCCUAUAAUUAUGGAAAUGAUACCCGUAACGUUAUGAGAAUGGUUCCUCUAAUUAUAGGAAUGGUUCCUACAAUUUAUAGGAAUACUUUCUAUAAUAUUAUGGGAAUCAUUCCUAUAAUAUAUAGGAACUAUUCCCAUAAUAUUAUAGAAAUAGUUCCCAUACCAUUAUAGAAACCAUUCAUAUAAUAUUAUGGGAAUGGUUCCCAUACUAUCAUGAAAAAAUUAAUUUAAAGAAAAGUGUGGCAAUCACUUUUACAAUACACAGAAAUUUGAUUAAGUAUAGAAACAAAAAUUCAAACAUUGAGACAAAAAUCCAUAUUUAGCAAAAAUAUUAAAAUUUUUAACAAAAAAAUUUUUUUUAACAAAUUUAGCGUCGAAGAAGCUUCAUUUGGAUCUCUCCAUAUUAUUCGGGAAAUUUCUACACUGUUUUGCAAAAAAAAAAAUUUUUAUGAUAUUAUUGGAGUGGUUCCCAUAACAUAAUGGGAAUAGUUCCCACACCAUUAUGGGAAUAGUUCCCAUAAAAUUAUAGGAAUAGUUCCCACACCAUUAUGGGAAUAGUUCCCAUAAUAUUAUGGGAAUGGUUCCCAUAUUGGUAUAGGAUCUAUUCCCAUACCAUUAUGGGAAUGGUUCCCAUAAUGGUAUGGGAACUAUUCUCAUACUAUCAUGGGAGCUAUUCCCAUAAAUUAUAGGAACGAUCCCUAUAAUAGUAUAGGUACUAUUUCCAUACCAUUAUGGGAACCAUUCCCAUAAUGCAUAGCAAAACUUCCCAUAAUUUUCUUUCCGUGUACUUUAAACAAAUAAUGUAACUAUAAAGUAUUUUUGUAAAAAUCAUUUUAUUGUGAAAAAUUUUUUGUUAUUAUCACGACAGCAAUAUCACUGUCCUGAUAUUAUUUAAAUAAAUUAUUCACUGAUAAUAUGAACUAGAAUUAACUAAAAAAAAGAUAAUUAAAUUAUAAACCACGUAUUUGUUAAUGAAAUUUAAAUGUCGACGUUCUAAUUAGCAAAUUGUCUAACUUAAUAUUAAUUAGUCGGUGGUUUGUGCAAUUUUCAUGUUCCUGAAGAUCGGAACGUUUUUCGCGCAACUAAAAUGAAAAAAUUUAUGAAAUUCUACUGCUUAAGGGUGACGUGAAUGGUAAUUGGGGGUGGCUACAAUUUUCGGCUAACAUACUAGUGCCUAGCGAAACAUUUCAGAAAUCUAGAUUCAGUAGAUUUUUUACUUUUCAUUUUGUUUUUUUAUUUUCAUGCCGCAAAAAAUGUUCCGAUCUUCAGGUACAUCAAUUUUCAGAUACUAAUAGCCAGAAAAAAUAUUAUUUGAGUAACCUAGAUAAAAAUAUUAUACAUAUAUUAGAUAUGGAAUUGAUUUUAGAUAAAAAACCAUUUUAAUUACUUUUUUUUCGCAUAAAUAAAGGUUUUUCUGAAAUGCAGAGACAAUUUGCUAAUUAGAACGUCGAUGCGUCGUUUGACGUCGGCUAGUUUUUUAAGAAUUAAAAAAUAUAAGAAAAUAAAAAAUAAAACAAAUAUAUAGACCGUUACUUAGGCGUUUUAUUUCUACUAAUUUUUCGUUCUUGAAAAAUAUUAAGAAAAAAGAUUUUUCUAAAUUACGGACUAGUAUUUAAAGUUAUUCAUGACAAUAAAGCAGUAGAAUUUUUUAAAUUUUAAUAAUAGUAAUAGCAAAAGCACCUUAACUUAAACAGACUAAUGAUAUAUAUUAUACCUGCAAAAACUUUAUACUUGUGAAUGCUUCAUUGCAUUUUAUAAGUCAUAAUACUAAAGUACUCAGAUACAAGUCACACCCUUCCGUUUAUUUUUACUCCGUAAAGUUUUUUAUUUAAAAAUCUUAUUCCACAUUUUACUCCUACUCAAAUAACUAUUUUUUAUUCACUCAAAUUUAUAGAAAUACUGUUAAUUAAAUCGUUGCCUCAAUUCUCGAACUGUGUGAGUACUCAUAAAAUGCUCACAAAAAACCUCGACGAUGCGGUAGAAUGAAUUUGCGUUCAAUGAGCCCAAGACAGGGUUGGGUGACCAGAAAAAUCGAUUCAAUUGCCGAUAUCCUUCAAUGCAUAAAAUUCAUUUCCAAUAGUAAUUUAUAAAAAUUACUUUUACUUACUCAACAUAAUCCAAUAUUAUUAAUUUUAAAAAAUAUUUUAUUCGCGCACUGAAAGGUUUAAAAAUAAAAAUUUCAAUUACUUUUUUAAAAUUGUAAAUAAAUGCUGAGAAAUUCAAUGCGUUGUCUGAUGCAGUAGAAAGUGGAUUUUGUGCUACUUGUGAUCACUCCUUUUAUGUCAAGUGAGGUUGAAUCCCAAAUUUAUUUCCUUAUACAAAAUUUA